AUGGACCAUUUUGUUGUCCCUAUGAUCACACAUAGCUACACUCUAACAGACCACUCCUACUUUGCCCACGUCAACCAAACCUUACCUUCUAAGACGUCUACCUCGACUACGACAACACCUUCCUCGACUACGAGAGCGCCUACAUCGACUACGAGAAUGCCAACCUCGACAAGGACAACGCCCACAUCGACAACGACAAUGCUAACCUCGACAACUAGAGCGCCUACAUCGACUACGACAACGCCAACCUCGACAACUAGAGCGCCUACAUCGACUACGACAACGCCAACCUCGACAACAAGAGCGCCUACAUCGACUACGACAACGCCAACCUCGACAACUAGAGCGCCUACAUCGACUACGACAACGCCAACCUCGACAACGAGUACUCCUACUUCCUGUUAUCUCUGCGAUGGAAUACCGACAUUUUUAUGUGAACGUCUUUCAACGCCGUUGACAUGCAACUCUGCUGACCAACAGUUUUGUAUAAAUAAAUUGGUUAACAAUCGAGAUGGUUCCAGAACAUUGGACAGAAGAUGUGCUACAGAACAGGAAUGCCGACAUGAGUGGUGGGAAAAGACAUCAGAUAGACAGCAAUGUGUAGGAUACGAUCAAAACUCUUUCACAACGACUCAUUUCGAAUGUUCCUUUUGCUGCACCACCCCUAAAUGUAACAAAAACAUUGUUCCAGAUGACUUAUUUGUCCCUCCUAGAAUAUAA